GAUACACGACGUAAAACGAUUUGUACAGAAACUGAACUAGGAAAAGCAAAAAAUCAAUUUUCGACACUUUCCAGAUUUAUUUCAUUUUCAUCAUCAAAAGAUUUCUAGCAUCCAUUAUUACUCUACUAGUACUACAAGUGCUUAGGCUAUAGAAUUACCCGUACCCCGACGUAAUUGUACACAAAAAAAAACGAAGCAAAAUGAGGUCGGUUCGCGUAUUCGCCACCAUAAUUACCGCUGCCCAUGGCGCGGAUAUUGGGGCGCUUAUUUCCGGGCCGACGCAAGCUCGCAAAACAAUCGCCGCGGAAGAAGCGAAACAAAGGGCCGAGCAAGAUGCGAGAGCUGCCCAACUAGGUCCGAUCCCAGUUGCGCCAGCUACCCAAGGGCUGCUUCCGGCCCCGCCUGUGGUGCAAGAGGUCCAGGAGGCUGAACAAGUAGAUCCGGGGGCGCCCCAAGAUCAUGCCGUCGUGGCCAACGGGCCCAGGCAGGUGACGGAAAACAAGAACCGGAAGUGGUCCCCGAUUGCCGCCUUUACAAAGUGGGCGGGUUGGAUAUCAAAAGGAAAAAUGCCCCCUCCCCAUAUCGAAACGAAGUUUCUGAUGCUCGAUUUCCGUACACGAAUCGGAUGUGUCUUGCAGUAGAGCACUACUGCAGACAAAUGCCAAACCUGAGCUGAGGGGUUUUGACUAAGGCGCCUAACAUGGCAAAUGUCUAUGCUGUAAGCCGAGCAGCAUCACAAACCGCCUGUGUAAUGCGGCGCAGUCUCUGGGCUUGCCCUCUUGCAAGAGAGACAGGAUUUGUGGACAAAUUUUCAGAGGGGUGCGCUUUCAAUAUGGGGAGAAGUGAUUUUUUCUCACAAUAUUGGACCUGGGACAAAGUGCCGGACGACAAAAUGCAAGACCGGUUGGAUAAGUUGCAGUUCUACGUGGACAACAUGAUGGCGCUCCGCUACGCCAGCGUGGAACCCGAAGCCGAGCGGCAGAAACUGAUCCAGCGGCGGAAAUUGCUGCAUGAAAACGAGAAAGUGUAUUUUAUGUUCGAGUCCGCGGCGGAUCAAAAUGUCAUGCUGUGGACCAGCGAGCAGAUUCUGCACGUGCAAAUCCACGAAGGUUGGUCCUACUACAUUCGCGGACUGAAGUUUAUCGGCACAGAGCAGCCGAAGACCGAGUUCCGGGCCAUCCGGUGGGCGAACAUUCUCGCGUGGAGCUUCAAGCCUGUCGCGAAACACCUGUCGUGGUCGACCACUUUCACGUUGCAAACGGAACGGGACGAAAUUGAUCUCUUAUGCACUGCAAAAAUGUCUGGGUCUGGGAACUUGUGAUGCUGAGUUGUGAAUAGUAUAAUGCUCUGUAAUGCUCAGCCGAGCAUGAGAAAUAUUUGCGCGGCUCCGUGUUGCGUUUUCCGCAUGGUAAACGCGUUUUUGCAUGACACGCAAAAGGGCCUCGUCUUGGACACGCAUCACAAACUCUUCAGUCAUGCCAGACAAGCAUGACAAGCCUUGCAUUUUUCCAGACCCAGACAUAUUUGCAAUCCAUAUCUCUCCGUGUCGUACAACAGCAUCGAGGGGGGGGCCGCGUACGACCUGUUUUACUUCCUCUCUUGGCGCAUCACCUCGGUGGCCUCGCUAAACUUGAAGGCGCCGCGAAAGUAUGCGGAAGAGUUCGCGCAGUUUCAAGAAAACAACCCCUGCGAUGAGGGCAGCCCUGAGAUGGAGAAGUUCAAGAAAGGUGGGGAAAACCAGGGGAUUCUUUCCAAGACGCAGCUGCUUCCCUGGAAAACCCGGCGUGCGAUCGUGAACCCGGUUUGCGUUCAAAACAUUUUGUUGCGCGAGAAGGUUUUGAUGACGGUAUCAAAUGCAAAUAUGUAUGGGUCUGGAAACUUGUGAUGCUGGGUGGCGUAUCAUGAGGAGGCCACAAGUGCUGGCUCAGCAUGACAAGUUUCGGAGCUUCUAGGUCGUGUUGCCUAUUCUGCAUGACAAACUGCGUUUCUGCAUGACAGAAAAACGAGGCUCUUGGGUAACGUGCAUGACAGAUUUAAGAGUCAUGCCAGACAAGCAUGACAAGCAUGCAUUCUUCCACGACCCAGACACAUUUGCAAUGCAUAGAUGGACGAGAAUGUGGAUUUGGCAUUGUCCGCGACCGGCGGGGCGAUUGACAAAGACAUUCACAUGCGGGAUUCGAUCGUCUUUACCCAGUACUAUCCUGAGUAAAAACGUACUCACACCAUAGUUGUCAUGCAACUCUGCAUGCUUAAAAUGUUUCUCAUGCGGAGCCCCAUGAGAAGCAUUUUCUAAUGCGGUUUUGAAAUUUGUCAUGCUCCAUUAAUCAGCAUGAGAUACUGGAUCUGUAAUGCUGCUAAACUAGCUCAAACAGCACUACACUACGCGUCGGAAUUGGUCAUGCCAAACAACCAAAGCUGUGUGAUUUGUCUAGCAGAUUUCCCAUGUUGACUCUGGUGUGGGUACGUUUUUACUCAGGAUAAGUACCGCAUCAUCGUCAUUGAAGUGCCAAACGUCGUUGGCAACUUCCUUGGGACCUCGAAGGCGCUGUAUUCUUCCUACACUUACCAUUCCAUCCGCGCGUGGACCCUGUAUCUGCCGAAGAGUUAUCAACUGUAAAAAUGUCUGGGUCUGGAAGAUUGCAACUUGUCAUGCUAAAUCCGAACCAUGCAAAAAUCUGCGUUGCAUGAGUGCCAAAAGCUGUCCACUUUCGACCAAGUUGGGAGGGAGUUUCUCAUGCAGGAUAGGCAUGAAAGUGAAAGAGACCUGACAGACUCUGUCAUACUAGGUCCCGCAUUCCAGACCUCAAGGGCCAUGGAAAACCUGCAUGACAAGUUCACACUCUUCCAGACCCAGACAUUUUUGCAUUUCAUAACAGUUUUUUCGACAUGAAAGGUUCGGUGAUCAAGCUUUACACCAAAGUUAUGCAAUGCAAAACAAAGUAUCGUACUAGUAUGCAUUGCAUUACAAGUUAGCCCAGCAUUACAAAUUAAAUUUGUAAUGCUGAUUUCCCUUGAGAAAAAGAUUUGUAAUGCAUAAAUGCAAUUACUACGAGUGCGAUACUUUUUCAGAGCAUAAAAGUCCGCGAGGAGCAAUAUGUCGAUGGCGGGCUCGCGUGGGGGCCGAUGGCGAUGAAUUUGAACGUGAAUGGGCAGGUUGACGGCGCCGGUGCAACCUGGCUGUACAACCGGAUUUGGGGAGAGGGCACUGAUCCGACGGUGAUCACGAAUUUACUUGCCUGGCGGGUCCUGGGGUUGCGCGAGGCGCCGCCUUUGGACCCAGCAUUGGAAAAUCUCCGGGGCGCGAAGAGUGAAAUCGACAACGUAUCCUAUGUAAAAACGUCCCCAUCACAUAGUUGUCACUCUCUCUGCGUGGUAAAAAUGUAAAUGUUUCUCAUGCGGAGCCCCAUGAGAAGCAUUCUUUGCUAGUCGUGUUUUGGAAUUUGUGACGCUCGAAGCAGCAUGAUAUGCUAGAUCUGUGAUGCUACUUGAAAUAGCUAAACAGGAUUACAUACACGAGGCCAAACUUGUCAUGCGCAGCAACCAAAGCUAGUAGAUUUGUCUAGCAGGUUUCCCAUCUUGACUUAUGAGAAUGAGGUGGGGACGUUUUUACAAACGAUACACCGAAGACGGAAAUCCGGUGAACUGGUUUGACUGGAUUCUGCAGUCGCGCAACAACGUGGAGCUCCACAUCGGAAAAGACAACGUUCCAAUUAUCCUGAGCAAAAACGUCCCCACCCCAGAGUUGUCAUGCAAAUCUGCAUGCCGAAAAAGUUUCUCAUGCGAAGCCCCAUAAGAAGCUUCUUCUAUUCGUGUUUUGGGAUUUGUGAUUCUAGAAAUAGCAUGAUAUGCUAGAUCUGUGCUGCUGCUGAACUAGCUAAACAGGAUUACACUACGAGGACGAACUUGGUAUGCGAAACAACCAAAGUUGGCUGAUUUGUCUAGCAGAUUUCCCAUCUUGACUCUGCUAUGGGGACGCUUUUACUCAGGAUACCAAUCUACAAUGCGUUGACGGACAAGUACCUCGUGCUGGGCGACGGCUUCGAAACCGUCGAGCUGAUCUUCGAGAUGUCCAUUGGCCUGUGCGUGUUCACGAACCGCCGUAUCGUUUUGAUUCGCAACAAAGGAAUCGGCUUUAAACUCGGAGCAGGCCUGGAGUUCCUCGGGGGUAAGCGCUACGUGACGCUGACGUACGACGCGAUUCAGAGUUUCUAUGACCGUGCACAAGAACUCCCCCUCGUUCUCAUUUCUCAUGCAAAAUCCCAAACCCAAGUGUUUCCCUUGUAUCUCUAUUAUGCAUGACGAACCCGGAAGCCCAAGCAGUACUACACUAGCCUCAUGAAUUUGUCGUGCACAGACUCCAUGUGUGUUGGGGUUUGUAUUGCUGUUCAUGCAAUACAAAUGAGGGGAGCUGGGAGUUGUGCACUCUCAUAGUUUCAAGGUGAAAGAUAUGACAACCGUGGAGCAGAAACUGCAGGGGAUCGCGAAGUCCUUCGGGAGUACUUUUUUGCAGCUGAACACCGACAUCCCGGAUGUUUUUGUUCCGAUGCCGGUUGUAUCAAAUGCAAAAAUAUCUACUGGGUCUGGAAACUUGUGAUGCUGAAAUUGAAUGAUAGACGUACUGCAAAACGCAGCGAUGCGUGACAAAUUGUUUGGCUGCCAUGUGUUGUUACGUAUUCCGCAUGGCAUCAAACUGCGUUUUUGCAUGACAGGUACUAAGAGGGCCUUUUCGUGCCUAUGCAACACAGACUCUCGAGUCAUGCCAGGCAAGCAUGACAAACUAGCACUCUACUUCCGGACCCAGACAUUUUUCCAAUGCAUAGGUUGCCGCGGCUACUGCGGACGGUGCGGCGCGCGCCGGGAGGGCUGGGGGUAGUGAUGGCGCAGAAGCUGCGGUGAUCGCGGCCGCCAUCAAUGUCGCAUUCAUAUCAACUGCAAAAAUGUCUGGGUCUGGAAGGUUGGAACUUGUGACGCUAACUUUGGACUCUAAAAAAAUCUGUAUUUUUGCAUGACCAGCAAGAGGAGUCUAGUUUGUGCCACGCGGGGAAGGCGUUUGUCAUGCGGAGUAGGCAUCGAGAAGCCCGCUAAAAAUCUGUGAUGCUAGGACGUGCAUUAGAGACGUCCUGGGUCAUGCAGAACAUGCAUGACAAGUCUCAGAAUCUUCCAGACCCAGACAUUUCUGCGUUUGAUAACUCACGACCACCUACAACUAUGCUCAAAAACGGGCGCAGGUAGACGGCGGCGUGGAGUCGCAUUGCGACACCUUCUAUCAAAUGCAAAUAUCGAUCUGGGUCUGGCAGCUUGUGAUGCAGGUCAGUGAAUAAUUAAAGUGAACAACUGUAAUGCGCAGCCAAGCAUGACAAGUUUAUUUUUCGUGCUUCUGUGCUGCGCAUUCUGCAUGAGAAACUGCGUUUCUUUUUGCAUCAUGACAGGCGAGAGAGGCUGUUCCAACGAUGGCCCCACGCAAUCCAGAGCGCAGAGUCAACAUGCCAACCUACUACAAUCUUCCAGCCGAAUGACAAGUUGUCUUGCAAUCUUCCAGAUGACGCAGAUCGAUAUUUGCAGUUGAUACCUUGUGGAUCUGUCAAGCCUUUAUGCAGUGGGGUAAAAGCCCGGGUUUAAACAGUAUCCGGAUCCAGUUUGCCGGCCAGCAAGCGCUUACCAAAUGUAAAAAUGUCUGGGUCUGGAAGAUUGCCAGGUUUGUCAUGCACAUUUUGCAUGACUCCUGAUGUCUGUGAUGCAUGCGUUAGCAUCACGGAUUUUGUGAGGGCUUUGUGAUGCCUAUAUUACCGCAUGACAAAUGCUCUUUCCGUGUAGCAAAACUUGGACUCUCUUUGUCCCUGCUGCUCAUGCAAUACAGAUAUUUUUAGAAUCCAAAAUCAGCAUGACAAGUUGGAUUCUUUCAGACCCAGACACUUUUACAGUUGAUAGCGCUGUUUAAAUUGCAAGCCUACCUCACUUUUCGCCUCACCCGGAUCGGACACGCAGGCGGGAACGUGCUGCCUGUAUGAAAUGCAAAAGCAUCGUACUCGUAGUAAUUGCAUUUUUGCAUUAGAAAUGUCUUUUUCAAAGUAAAUCAGCAUUACAAAUUUAAUUUGUAAUGCUGGGCUGAUUUGUAAUGCAAUUUAUACUAGUACGAUGCUUUUGCAGUUCAUAGCCUGCUGAGGCGGACAAGAACACGGCGCUCACGUUUCAAAACUUGCCGCAGUGCAACCCGGGCAAGAUCUGGCAGAAGAGCGUCUCUUGGAUGAAAAACCAGUACUACCAGGAGGACCCCGUGGAAGUCACGGACCGUAUGCAUUGCAAGUAUGUCUGGGUCGUCUGGAAGAAAGCAACUUGUCAUGCUAGCUCUGGAAUCGUGCACAAACCUGCGUUGCGUGCUUACCAAAACAAGGUAUCCAUUUUUGCCAAAGUUCUUGCGACGCAGUCUCUCAUGCAGGAGAGGCAUGACAGAGAUCCCACAGAUGAAUCUGUCAUGCUAGGUUCGGUAUGCCAGACCUCACGGGUGGUCAUGGACAACCUGCAUGACAAACUUUUUUGGAAUCCACAUGCAGCAUCACAAGUUGCAUUUUUCCAGACCCAGACACUUUUGCAUUUGAUAGGCCGCUUGCUCACGCAUAUCAUGCACAAAAUGGGAGGCGAUGAGAUGGUGAAAAAGGGCAAGGUAUCAAGUGCAAAAAUGUCUGGGUCUGGAAAAAUGCAACUUGUGAUGCUGCAUUUGGAUUCCAAAAAAAUCUGUAUUGCAUGAGAAGCAAAGAAGGGAAUGCAAUUUUUGCUACGCUGAGAAGGCAUUUGUCAUGCGGAACAGGCAUCAAGAAGCCCUCAGAAAAUCUGGAUUGCUAGGGUAUGCAUCACAGACAUCAUGGCUCAUGCAAAACGUGCAUGACAGGUGUCAGAAGCUUCCAGACACAGACACUUUUGCAAUCCAUACAAGGAAAGCGGUUACGCCCAGAUGAUGUUUUUGCCGGGUGAGGAAGUCCACUUUGCGUUCACUGCGCAAAACCGCAUGGACAUCGUGCUGUUUACCAACUACCGCAUCGUGUAUCGCGACUACACGAACUGGUGGUCCCAGUUCCUCCGAUCUGGGCCCUUGUCCAAACGGCAGGGCAGCAGCAGCUGGACGGAAUCUAUUCCCUAUGAGGAAAUCCACUACUGUAUCCUAUGUAAAAACGUCCCCACCCCAGCAUAGUGAUACAUAGUUGUCAUGCAAAUUUGCAUGCUCAAAAUGUUUCUCGUGCGGAGCCCCACGAGAAGCAUUUUUUACUCGUGUUUUUUCGUAAUUUUCCAUGCUCCAAUCAGCGCGAUAUGCUACUUCUGGAAUGCUGCUGAACUAGCCAAACAGGAUCAUUACACAACGAGCCCAAUCUUGUCAUGCGCAACAGCCACAGGUUGCUGAUUUGUCUAGCAGAUUUCCCAACCCGACUAUGGGGUCGUGGGGACGUUUUUACUCAGGAUAUACUGGAAGUUACGCACCCCCGGCGGGUUGUCGCGGGCCUUUGCCACGGCGGAAUCGGUUCUGACCAUCAAUUUCGGGCUCCGCACGGAGCGCUUUCGGCUGAAAGAAUCCUGCGCGGCCGCGUUACCCCUGUACCGCUUUCUCUCCUCCGCGAUUGUGGGCAAAUCUGACGAUACUUUAUCGCAAAGCGUCGAUUCUGGCGCGGCUGGCGCUCUGUCGCACAACGGCUGGCGCGGGCAGUGGUCUAUGGUCGACACAAGCUAUCAACUGGAAAUAUGUCUGAGUCUGGAAGAAUGCAGAUUUUUGUCAUGCUGUUUUUCCUACUUGACCCAGAAGGUCUGGCAUGCAAGGUCUAGCAUUACAGGUUUUGUUGAGAAGCUGCGUCGAUGCCUAAUCCGCAUGACAAACCGCCUAUUUGUUCGGUGACAAAAUUACGCAACUCUUGCUGUCUAUGCAUGAGAAAUUUUUGUGUGGUGUGGGAUGUGCAUCACAAGUUCCGUCUUUAAAGAUUUAGACAUCUUUGCACUGCAUACAAGCGACCAGUUCUCCAAAGUCUCGCAGGCCGAGGCAAAGAAAGAACUGUACGAAGCACACCCUCGGUGCAUGCUCGGACACGAAGCGAAUACGGACGGUGCCCUUGCGUUCCGCAAGCCGCGGGAUUGGCUGUACUUCCCGAAGCCGCAAGAAGCGGACGGUAUAUCAUAUUGGUGAUUAUAUUUUGAUCCUUUUGUGCAUGCUUUUUUGCUUCUGAUUGGAAAGCGCUAGCGUGUUACUCACUCACUUUCAAAGCUUGCUUUUCUUAGAGCCCAAGCAUUGUCGAAGCAUUGUCGAAGUAUUGGCAUACAGUGUCAGCGAGAAGUAAGGAAAAGAUGAUAUAAGCGCUCGGGGAUGAAGAUAUACUCGCGAUACUUUUCGCGGUUCUGACCCUAGAUCUCCUGCGUCCGUAGCUGCUUGCGGCGACGGUGCAAAGGUUUUUCUUUUUGAUGAGGUGCAGUCGGGUAUGCGUGACAUAUUCAUUGAUAUCUAAAUCUAUCACAUUGCCGUGUUUAUUUUUUCGUAGUGUUGUUUGGCAAUGGGAAUGGCAUGAUGACGAUCCACCUAAAAAUCUGCUGCCCAUCAGGUGGUCAAACCCCGACGGGCCGCUUCUUCUACAAAAACGUGAUUGGGCCUCUGGGAUACGCGAUGGAGCUACAUUCCUGGCGGUAUGCAUAGAUUUUUCAAUUUUAUUUCUUUACCGUUUGUCAUGUUGUUCUACUACGUUUUCAACAAAAAGCUAAAGUUGAACUUUUGCAACCAUAGACAGGUUUCAUGGUCAGACGUGGUUGAAACUGAAGGACUUCGGUUUAUAAAUUCGCUCUUGCAUGAUCACAAAUUCAUCACACCUCAGGUACGACAAGAUUGUUGGCUGGGAAAUGUACACGCAGAUGCGCAAGCGCCGCGUGCUUUCUAUCCUGCGUAAAAACGUGCCUGGCAUUAAAACCCCAUGCUUCGAUCAUGCAAAUCUGCAACUCUACAGGCGUGUUUCUAAUGUUGCGCAGCCAUAUGUUGUUGAGGAGCGUGUUCGUGUUGUGACGCAAUCAUCUGGGAGUAGUUUAUUGUUGUGCUCUAAAAAGCAGGAUAAAAAUUCGCUCGACUUAGUAUGCAGUAGGUACUAAACAUCGGAUUGUUUGUACCCUGCAAAGAGCCCAAACUUCGUUGUCAUGCGCAAAUUAUAACAAUAUUAACGCCAAACCCAAAACUUGCUAUUAUUUGUGUAGCGAGAUAAGCGCCAUGAGCAUGAUCUUCACACUGGGGUCGCGUGCUGGGCUCCGUUUUUUUCACACGGGAUACUGUUCGGCCGUCCGGGUUUGCUCGGCGCUCGCGAGUAUUUCCGCGUGCUCGGGACCCGUUUCGAGGCGCCGGACCCCAUGCAAGAUUCGCAGCAGCCGUUCACGGGGGACACCUUUUUCAAGUUCAAGCCGCCGAAGACCGGCGCGUGGUUUGCGAAGAAUGAGAAACAAGAGGGGGAUAUCCUAUGUAAAAACGUCCCCACCCCACAAUUGUCAUGCAAUUCUGCAUGCUCAAAAUGUUUCUCAUGCGGAGCCCCAUGACAGGCAUUCUCUAGGCGUGCUUUGGAAUUUCUAAUGCGCCAAUCAGCAUAAUAGGCUAGAUCUGUGAUGCUUCUGAACAAGCUGAACACGACUACACUACGGGGCCAAGUUUGUCAUGCGCAACAGCCUAAGCUGGCUGAUUUGUCUUGCAGAUUUCCCAUCUUGACUAUGGGGCGGGGACGUUUUUACUCAGGAUAGGGGACGUGUUUGACGCGUUUCACUUCUUUGAAAACCAUUUCAUCAAGCCCCCCGCUGACCAGACGAUUGCGCAGCACCUGUUGGAAGGGCUGCACGUGCAGGGACUGCAGCCGUCCGCGCCGCCCGCGGCGGAAGUCGAGAUGUUAUCCUGAGGGCCAAAACGUCCCCUUUCCAGAGUUCGUCAGGCAGACUUCCAAUUUUUGCAGGAGCACUUGUAAUGCGAAUCCCCAAGAGGAGAGGCAUUUCCAUUAUUUCCAAUCGUGUUUUUGCAUUUGUAAUGUUGCAAAUAGAAUGAGAAAAUGGUUUUGCGAUGCUGCCCUCCAUCUCCUUGCUAACCUGCUGCAUCACGAAACUACAGAGAGGAACUUGUCACGCACGACUUCUGGGAUGGGGACGUUUUUACUCCGGAUAGAUGGCAGCCUUACCGCCGCCUUGA